UUUCGACCGGGUGGUUCGACAACCAUAUCAGUGACGACUGGCGUUGUUACAUAACUUCUACCGCGCGCGCAUUUUGAUCUUCGCACGAACAUUGUAGCCGCAACCGCUGCAUCGUCCCAGGAUCUCUCCAAGAUGGAGACCACACUUUUUCCCGCAGCAACAUUACCGGCUUGCAUUACGGCAUGCGGCCCUCUAUAUGAUGUUAACGGCGCCUGUGUACCCCCGGUUGCCCCAACCGCCGAAGCUAGCGUCUACGAUAGCUGUUUCUGCAACGACCCAAAGCUCGCCCCGUUCAAGACCGGCACUGCCGGGGUGUGCGACAGCGCCUGCACAGCGAACCCCGCCGAUCUGGCCAGCAUCCAGGGCUGGUUUACUGAUUUUUGCAACAAUGUCGGAGGCGGAGAGGGAAACGGAAACACAGGGCCGACAUCUUCAGCAACGUCACGGCCGCAAGAAAAUGGGGGAGGCGGCGGGACCUGGCUCGACAAUCACUACCAGUGGGUGAUUUUCCUCGUCAUCAUGGUCGUCGCUAUCAUCGGCAUUUGGGUAGGCGCGUGCGUCUGGCGCCGACGGUACAUCCGCAAGAAGGACCGCGUGUAUGCGCUCAACUCCAACCUCGCACAUGCCACCGAAUCCGGGCGAGUAGUACCCAACGAGGGCAGCAGCGCCGGCUCAGUCCAUGUCCCCGGGCCCGGCAUGUUCGAUCCGGCACCGAUCAGCUCCGCCGGCAUCUACGGCGAGAAGUCAGAAAAGAAGAAGAAGUGGGCCUUUGGGGGGCGGACAUAAAAGAUCCCAACGGAGGACAGCAACACCAGGUUUCCACAUUACACAUCACACCUACACGCCGUAUAUAUUCCCUUUUGUCAUAGAGUGGGGGGGUUGAAUGGACAAACAGGCCA